AUGUGUUGGUGCCACUUGGCUUGUUGUUACAAAGCGUUGCCAUUAUACACAGCUGCUAUAUUAUUUGUUGAGUUCAUUUUGGUUAUUGUACGCAUAGCAAUCUUUUUUUCGCCAUCAUCACAAUUAGUAACAAACAGUCAGGCUGUUGCUGGCUUUAUUUUGGAUUGGAUUUCAUCUCUUGCAGCAACAUUAUUGGGAAUUUUAGUAGCUUUAACAAUACUAAUAAUUUUAUUGGCAAUAUUAGCAGCAAUAUUAGCAGCAUUAUGCAGCAGCAGCAGGAAUAGAGUACAUUCGUACAAUGAGGACUCAACAUCCAACACUCUUAAAGAUCUUUGGAAAAAUAAGCCAUUACAACGUCUAAUACAAUUAAACUGUAAUUGUCCAUGUUAUAUUGCCCGACCUAAGGCGCGAUUUAUAGCACGAUUGGUAUUUUUACUUGUCUGUUUCAUUUUUCGAAUUAUCGCUAUUGCUCUAUACGCAUCAGCAGGCAGUAAUACUAAUGGGGGCUCACUAGCUAUUGUUUGUGCCAUUUCAUUAGCAUGCUUGGGUACAAUAUUUCUCAUAGAUUUAUAUCAUUACGGUGUCUGGUGGCACUAUAGACCGCAAUGCGAUACUAGAUGUAGUUUAUUAUCAAAGAAGCAUAAAAGAUACAUUCCUUAUCAUUUGAUAGGCGUCAAUCGUACCAUGCGUCUCGGCGACAAGCCUUGUCCUGAUGGUUUCCAGUGUAGAAAUCGUCUUUUAGAACACAUUUUAAUAUUUCAUUCGGAUGAUUUCAAGCCUCAAGAGCGUUAUAGUCAGGUUCAACAAAAAAAUCCAGAUGAUACUCUUUACAUUGGCUUUCACCGGACUAAGCCUGAGGCAGCUGUCAGUAUUGCCCACUCUGAUUUUUCCAUUAGUACCAAUCCUCGAACUACGAUGUUAGGUCAGGGAGUCUACUUUGCUCGAUCGAUGGCAGAAACCGAAGGUAAAGCGAACUCUGCUGGUGCUUAUAUAUGUGCUGAAAUUCAGAUGGGUAGAGUAAAAAACGUGAGUCCAGGAUCGGAUAUAAAUGCUCUUCGAGGAACACGAGAUUGGUGGGCAACAUAUGAUACGGUGUAUUAUAAUCAUUCUAAUGAUAGUCGCGAUGAAUUUUGUGUUAAAAGCCCGGAUCAAAUAUUGCGCUGGGUGAUGGUGGUCGACCCAGAAUGCGACGAAAAAGUUCGAAAUUAUGGUCUGGACACUGAAUUCGAUGACACAAAGUGUGGAUGCAUUUAG